AUCAACUAAAGCCUUUCGUGGCCGGGGUCCCGGUCAUGCCCGCUGGCCACUACAAGUGCCCCCCGGUGGCUUGUUGCAGGAACCGUAGUUCUAACCAUGACCUUGAUCUGUCGUGCUAUAAAAGCUUGACUACAGAAUCGUAAAAACGAAGAGUCGGCAGUCUCCCCGCCAGGCUUCUUCUGGCUCACAUUUGUGACCGUACAUAACUCUCAUUCCAUAAUUGAGGUUGACAAUCAGGAACGAAGCCUUGUGUUUUGAGCGGUUUGCCUUUCAACAAGCAACUCGACCAUGGCUCCAAUCAGCAGAACCUUAAUCGCCGUCGCCGCAUGGAGCAGCCCGGCGUUGGCAACAAACUACUACGUGGAUUGCUCGCAAUCAUCAGCCGGUUCCGGGACACAAAGUAGUCCAUGGAACAGUCUCGCGCAGGUGAACUCGCCAACGUUCGCGGCGGGCGACGUGAUUUCGAUCAAGGCCGGUACGACAUGUAAGGGGGUUCUGUCGCCCAAAGGCAGCGGCACAGCGUCGGCCUCGAUCAAACUCACCAGCUACGGCUCCGGAAGCAACCCCAUCAUUGAUGGCAACGGGGCUGCUGCCGCAGUCACGCUGACCAACCAGGAUUACUGGACUAUUUCCAAGCUCUCCGUCACCAACCCGGCCUCUGCCCUCGCCGCCAGGCAAGGCAUUCACGCCACGUCUAGUGACGGCAAGACACACACGGGCAUAACCAUUGAUGGCAAUACGGUCUACAAUGUCGCGGGCCAAACGAACAAAGCCACGCACUCUGCGGAUUUCAUUCUCUCUGCCGGCAUCCUCGUGGACGUAGCCAACAAAGGCAGCCGCUACGAUGGCGUACUGGUCCAGAAUAACGAUGUCCACGAUUGUGGAGGCGGUGGCAUCAAGGUGCGAGUGGGCGAGGCGACAAACUUGGGCCAGAAGCCUCACGUCACCAAGAACAACAUUAACGCUUGCGGCGGCGACGGAAUCUUAAUCUCCUACGGUAACGAGCCUCUCAUCGACUAUAAUACAGCCAGCAACCUCGGCACCGGAGCCUAUCCAUGGACUGGUGGUAAUUUCGCGGGGAUGUGGGUUCUAGGCGAUCAUAAUCCCGUCAUCUCGCACAACGUCGUCUACGGCAGCAUCAUGUCUCUAUACGAUAGCGAGGCUUUCGAUUGCGACUGGGGCAAUACCGGAAACUGCACUGUCGAGUAUAACUACAGUCGCGAUAAUGCCGGCGGCGCGUUCCUAAACUGCGACGGCUGCGGCACGUCUGGCGGCGCGGACCAGAUCGUGCGGUAUAACAUCUUCGAGAACGAUUGCCGCAUGAUCAGCAACGGCGAUAAGCCCACGCUCUACUUCUACCAGAAUGUCAUGUAUUGCGCGGAUAAAGACUUUGAGAUUGAAGUGCCCCCGACGACGCACUUUACAAACAACAUCUUUGUCGGCAACAGCAAAUCGACGCUGCCCACACGCGGUGGGAUAAGCUGGGAGUGGAAUGUCUUCCAAGAUGUCGCCCGUCCAACCAACAAUGGCAUCGCCGGAAACCCAUUCUUUGUUGACCCAGGCAAGGGAGGCAACACCCUGGAUUCAGUCGGCGGCUACCAACUCAAGAAGACGUCACCGGCCUUGCACAAUGGCGCUAUCGUUGCCGAUAAUGGUGGAAGGGACUAUUAUGGGAACGCCGUCUCGGCAACAGAGAAGCCCAAUCGCGGUGCCUAUGAGGGGCCGGGCAUCUAAGUAUUGCAGCGUCAAUGGGGCUAGAUAAAGCGUUUGCGUGUUCGUCCAUGUCCAUUUUCAGGAAUCCAGAAGUUCGUAAAUUCAGGCAUGACUUCGUGAAGAAUUUCGGCACGACCAGAGCAUACUUCAGCUAGAGUCCUGCGCCCCUUUACGCUGAGCCACUUCACCAUCUCGAUUAGGUCGCUUGUCGUAUUCUUUUGCCCGGCUUUCAAGUCUCCUCAGCUCGGCGAAAAAGUCGAAAUCUUUGGCCCCGGAGCCGACAACCAUCUCUGUUCCCUCAGCGGCCGCUGAGCGACCACUUGCAGCCACGGUCAUCGGCCAGCCACCGGUACGAGAAGCCGGCAGCAAUGACUGCGCAAAGUCGACAACAUUCUCGCCAAGCGCGUUGAUACUAUCGGCGCCAAAGGACGCGAUCCCACCCGGGCUAAUGCCGCUGGAUGGGGACGUCGCACAGUGUUGCAGCACACUUGGGAUAUCGGCUGCGCUUGAUAUGUUGUAGAAGUCGGGGAAUGGUGUUUGCUGCGGCGGCCUCGAUGCCGACGGCUCGGCUUGGUAUGACGGGAGGUCUCGGUCUCUUUGUUCGGCAAGCGCUCUGGCGAGCUUCGUCGCCGGGCUCUCCGGACAGAUGUUAUUAGCUUGAGAGUCGGCCGACAGGCGUCGAGAUACUUCAUUCAAGGACGAAAUGAUAGAGCUG